AAGAGAAUAAUAAUAACAACUAACGAAAAUGAUGAGAGUGAGUCGUGCUGGUAAUGAUGCUGUGGUGCUGGGGAAGGAGGAAGGUGGGGAUGAGAGCCAAUGUUUUCUUGUAUAUACUCUGUACUUUGUAUUUGCGUGUGUGCUAUGUGCUGUGUAUGCGAGUGUGGUGUGGAUUACAUUUUCUACUAGGCUGUGCCAUUGUUGUUGUUGUUGUUGUCAUUAGUGGUAGUGGUAGUAGUAUCAGGGGUAGCAGGUGGAGGAGCACUGGCAUUAAGAUCCUGGGUUGCAGCAGCAGCAGCAGCAGUAGUAGUAGGUCGAGGGCUAGAAGGCACUUUAACAUCUACGGGUUCCGACAAUUCGGGUACAGAAACCGGCGUUCCUUCCUGUUGAUCUUGGGAAGCAGCAUCCGUAUCAGCCUCUGUCAUUACCGUAUCUUCACCGCCAGCGACAGAAGAAGCAGGAGCCGGGGUCGUAUCCUUGGACUCGUCGAACGGAAGCUCGUCCUCGUCGUCCUCAUCCUGCAACAUGUCGACAUUUUCGUCGUCUUCCUUUUCCUCCUUUUGACUGUUAGCAGCUGUGGUAGUUUCCGUACGGUUGUUGUUGUUGCUGGCAUUGUUUGCACCAGCAGCACCACCACCAGCGUUAUACAACUCCAUCGCCGCCUCAAAUUCUUUUAAUUCCUUAUUGUACAUGUCGUAAUACACCUAAUGUUAUAUAUAUAUAACAUCCGCGGUAUUAUAAUCGU